AAAAAUAAUACAAAUUAUCAAAAGGGAGUAGCUAAGCCGAAGUCCGGCGUCAAUGGCCUCUCCCGCCAUUAACGCUUACUCCAUAGCUCCGAAACAUCUCUGGCCGCCAUUAUCUUAUCCUUUCCCAACCUUCAUAUGUCCUCAUUGUUCAACGCCUCCGAUUCAAACCUCGAGGUUUUGCCGCCUUAAACCUCUCACCAUCUGCUCUCCAUAUCCAGUCCGAUUCCGACCUUCAUUCCACUCUCCGAGGUCCAUUUUCUCUGAGAAGUCCCAACUCUCCGACGUCGAUGAAGACGAGGACGAGGACGAGGAUGAAGAUGACGACGACGAUGUGGCGGCCGAGGAGUACGACAGCGAUGCAUUGGGUGGAUUCGAGCAGAGCUACGAUGAAGUGGAUUUGUCGAUUGAAACUACAGAAAUCUCCACUCCGCCCGAGGAUUUCAAAUGGCAGCGAGUCGAAAAGCUUCUCAGUGAAGUUAGAGAGUUUGGUGAAGAAAUUGUCGAUGUAGAUGAACUCGCUUCGAUUUAUAAUUUCCGUAUCGACAAAUUUCAGCGGUUGGCCGUACAAGCAUUCUUGAGAGGAUCGUCGGUGGUGGUAUCAGCGCCUACUAGCAGUGGCAAGACUUUGAUUGCGGAGGCUGCAGCUGUUGCCACCGUCGCGAGGAAACGACGAUUGUUUUACACGACUCCAUUGAAAGCAUUGUCGAAUCAGAAGUUUCGCGAAUUUCGUGAGACGUUUGGAGAAAACAACGUUGGGCUUCUUACAGGAGAUUCUGCAGUUAAUAAAGAUGCCCAGAUUUUAAUCAUGACAACAGAAAUUUUGCGCAACAUGUUGUAUCAGAGUGUUGGAAUGGCCUCAUCUGCUAGUGGACUUUUUCACGUUGAUGUGAUUGUUUUGGAUGAAGUUCAUUACCUUAGUGAUAUCUCUCGGGGCACAGUGUGGGAAGAGAUUGUUAUUUAUUGCCCAAAGGAGGUACAACUUAUUUGUCUCUCUGCAACAGUUGCAAAUCCAGAUGAGCUGGCUGGCUGGAUUGGUCAGAUACAUGGGCAAACUGAGUUAGUAACAUCAUCAAAGCGUCCAGUACCAUUGACUUGGCAUUUCUCUACAAAGACCUCUUUGCUUCCUCUACUUGAUGAGAAAGGAACGCGCAUGAAUAGGAAGUUGUCGCUCAAUUAUCUUCAGCUUCAUGCUUCAGGAGCUAAAUUGUACAAGGAUGAUGGAUCAAGAAGAAGAAACCCAAAAAGGCAUGGGAAUGAGAUCAGCUAUGACAGUACUAGCAGCAUGUCUAGGCAAGCUACACUUUCAAAGAAUGACAUAAACACAAUCCGCCGUUCAAAUGUUCCUCAGGUCAUGGAUACAUUAUGGCAACUCAAGUCUAAGGAUAUGCUGCCAGCAGUUUGGUUUAUAUUUAGCAGGAAAGGAUGUGAUGCAGCUGUUCAGUACAUUGAAGGCAGAAACCUCUUAGAUGAAUGCGAGAGGAGCGAAGUUGAACUUGCAUUGAGGAGAUUCCGUAUUCAAUUUCCAGAUGCUGUGAGGGAAUCGGCUGUGAAAGGACUUCUGCAAGGAGUUGCUGCACAUCAUGCUGGCUGUCUGCCUUUAUGGAAGUCAUUCAUUGAAGAGUUGUUUCAAAGGGGACUUGUGAAGGUUGUUUUUGCAACAGAAACAUUAGCUGCUGGAAUUAACAUGCCAGCUCGGUCAGCAGUUAUUGCAUCCCUGAGCAAAAGAAGCAACAACGGUCGUACCCAGUUAAGCUCAAACGAACUGCUUCAAAUGGCAGGGCGAGCUGGACGUCGAGGUAUUGAUCAAAAAGGUCAUGUGGUGCUUAUUCAAACUCCAUAUGAAGGCGCUGAAGAAUGCUGCAAAAUUCUGUUUGCUGGGAUUGAACCACUUGUUUCUCAGUUUACGGCUUCAUAUGGAAUGGUCCUGAAUCUUCUCGCUGGUGCAAAGGUUACUCAUUCAAGUGAAAUUGACGAGACAAAAGCUUUCCUAGCUGGGCGAACACUGGAAGAAGCUAGGAAGUUGGUUGAGCAGAGUUUCGGAAAUUAUGUUGGGAGCAAUGUCAUGCUUGCAGCAAAGGAGGAGCUUGUUAAAAUAGAAAAAGAGAUUAAAAUGCUCAAUUUGGAAAUAACUGAAGAAGCUAUUGAUCGAAAGAGCAGAAAGUUCUUGUCAGAGGUGGCAUAUAAUGAGAUAGCAGAGCUGCAGGAGGAACUGAGAUCAGAGAAACGUCACAGGACAGAACUGCGAAAAGAGAUGGAACUACAAAGAAUCUAUGCGCUCAAAUCUCUGUUACAAAAUUUAGGAGAUGGACAUUUGCCGUUUUUGUGUUUGCAAUACAAAGAUUCUGAAGGAGUUCAACAUUCAGUUCCUGCGGUUCUCCUUGGAAACAUGGAUUCAUCAAAAUUUAAUAACAUGUUUCCUGUUGAUAAUGCUUUGAGUGCUGCAGAAUCAAAUCUUGGUAUAAACCUGGACCCAGGUGCUGAAUCAUCUUAUUAUGUGGCUCUAGGUUCUGAUAACUCUUGGUACCUAUUUACUGAGAAAUGGAUCAGAACUGUUUAUAAAACAGGCUUUCCCAAUGUCGCUUUAACAAAAGGGGAUGCUUUACCUCGAGAGCUUAUGAGGACGCUUCUUGAUAAAGAGGGAAUGARGUGGGAGAAGCUUGCUGACUCCGAGCUUGGCAGUUUAUCAUGUAUGGAAGGAUCUCUGGAGACAUGGUCUUGGAGUUUAAACGUGCCAGUUCUGAAUAGUCUUUCGGAAAAUGACGAACUCUUGCAAAUGUCUUCAUCUUACAUGGAAUCUUUAGAAAGGUACAAGGAACAAAGAAAUAGAGUUGCACGGUUAAAGAAAAGGAUUGCUAGAACUGAAGGAUUCAGAGAGUACAAGAAGGUUUUAGAUAUGGCCAAUAUCAUAGAGGACAAGAUUAGACAACUGAAGGCCAGAUCAAAACGACUGAGUAAUCGAAUUGAGCAAAUCGAACCAUCCGGUUGGAAGGAGUUUUUGCAGAUCAGUAAUGUGAUACAUGAAAUCAGAGCAUUGGAUAUAAAUACUCAUGUGAUGUUCCCACUUGGAGAAACUGCAGCCGCAAUACGAGGUGAAAAUGAGCUCUGGAUUGCAAUGGUUCUCAGAAACAAAUUCUUGGUACAACUAAAGCCUACAGAACUAGCUGCUGUUUGUGCAAGUUUAGUUUCGGAGGGCAUCAAAAUUCGUCCCGGGAGAAACAACAGUUACAUAUUCGAACCAUCCACAACGGUAAUGAAUAUGAUUGAUUUCCUCGAAGAGCAGAGAAGUUCUCUUUUACAUCUUCAAGAGAAGCAUGGAGUGGACAUACCAUGCUGUCUGGACAGCCAGUUUUCAGGUAUGGUUGAGGCUUGGGCUUCUGGUUUGACUUGGAGAGAAAUGAUGAUGGAUUGUGCUAUGGAUGAGGGAGAUCUAGCACGACUCUUACGACGAACUAUCGAUUUGUUGGCUCAAAUACCGAAAUUGCCCGAUAUCGACCCAUCUUUGCAGAGCAAUGCAUCAACUGCUUCUAAUGUCAUGAAUCGUCCACCGAUCAGUGAGUUGGCCGGAUAACCUUGGCUGAAAUGAAUGGUAUGGUUUUCAUUCCAACUAACUUAGCUCUUCAUAGAUGAAUAUAUUUAUUCCUUAAGCUGCAUUUUUUCACAAGGCAAAUGGCCAAUGAACAUUCAAACGUCAUUUA